CAGAAACUCAGAAGUUACCAGAGCCAGCCGGCAGGUCCCUGAACCGCACAUAACCCCCCCCGCCCCGCACCAGGCAGAGGAGACCCGCGUGGUUCCGAGCCACCAGAAACACAGAGAGUCCACAGAGGGAUGUCCGAACCAACAACGUCACACGAACACACAGGUCCAGGUACCGCGGCGCGUUUGAGGACUUCCGUAACUGCGCUGCUUGUUUCUGUUUGACCCAGAGAGCCGAUAACAAUUAAAAAGGAAAAAGAUGCCUCAGAAACAGAAGUCCAAGUCCUGGGUGGACCUGAAACAAGCUGGAAAUGAAAGUUUCAAGACGGGCCAGUAUGGAGAGGCCACGAAUAUGUACAGCCAGGCAAUCAAAGAGCUGGAGAAGAGUAAAAAGAACCCUGAGGAUUUGGGCAUUUUGUACUCGAACCGUGCAGCAAGCUACCUGAAAGAUGGCAACUGUGCAGAAUGUGUGAAAGACUGCAAUAUGUCUCUGGAGUUGUUCCCGUUCAAUGUCAAGUCUCUGCUUCGUCGCGCUGCUGCCUACGAAGCUCUGGAGCGUUACAGGCUGGCCUACGUAGACUACAAGACUGCUCUGCAGAUCGACUGCAACAUAGCAGCUGCUCACGACGGCACCAACAGGAUGACGAAGGCGCUCACAGAGGCAGACGGUUUGUCAUGGAGAGAAAAGCUUCCUCCCAUCCCCACCGUUCCUCUGUCUGUUAGAGAGAAACUAUCCCAGAAAACUACAGCCAACGCUGUACAACAACCAAACCCCACACCGCAACACAACGGCACCACACAGACAAAUAAACCCACUCCCAGUGAUAAAGACAUGAAGAAGGGCCAGAUCCUGAAGGAAGAAGGAAACGCCCUGGUGAAGAAAGGAGAGCACAAGAAGGCCAUAGAGAAGUACAGCCAGAGCAUCAAACACAACCCCACUGAGGUCACAACCUACACCAACCGGGCGCUGUGUUACCUGUCAGUGAAGCAGUACAAAGACGCUGUCAGAGACUGUGACGAGGCUCUGAUGAUUGACAGCAGCAACAUCAAGGCUUUCUACAGGAGGGCUCAGGCUCACAAGGAGCUCAAGGACAUCAAAGCCUGUGUGGACGACCUCAACAAUCUGCUCAAAGUGGAACCAAAGAACAUGGCUGCCCUGAAGCUGCUGCAGGAGGUACAGAAGAAGAAGUGAUGACACAUCAGGGACUCUGGAGACAGCGGUGAGGAUCUGUCGCUUGUCUGCGAACGGAGGGGAGAGGAAGACGAAUCAUUGAUGUCAGGCGAGCGGUGACACGAUUCAGCCGCUUUAAUUCAAAGACCGGCUCUGUGUUUCCCAAAAGCUCGCUCACACCGAACACGUGUUUGAUCUGUUUACUCUCACUGGAACAAACAUGAGCUCGGUCUCGGGACGCUUCUGGAAAACACAGCUCUGGUCGGUGAGAACUGAGGAUGUAUCAGGAAGAAUGUUUGUAUUUCACCAGUUUUAGUGUCACUGAGUAUUUAUGGUUAUUUAAAAGAGCUGAAAUUAUUGAGACACAAAUUCUAACUGAGGAUAAGCUUUUACCAUCACCAGUUGUAAAAGGGUAAUCAGCAGAGCACAGAAGCUCAUCCCAGACCUUGACAUUAGUAUGUAUGACAAAAUGAUCUCAACACAAAGUCCACUUACUAGCUUUUUAUGAGCUCCCAUUGGUCCAUGUAAGACCACAUGACAGUUUCACACUUAAAGGAUUCAGUUAUAUUCUCUGAUUAAGUUUGAGGCGUCAAAAUGUUCUGACAGACAUCAGAAAGCCCAGAAAUCAGUCUGUUCAGGUUCCAGGUUGGAGUGGGUGGGAUGAAUCUACCACAGUACACAGCCUCUAUCAGUUACCAUUCACCUCGUCCUACAGGAUGUACCAUCAUGUUUAGCAACCUAUGUUCUCAUUGCAGUGCUCCUCAUUAGAGCUGCAGUGAGUAAUUGCCUUCAUUAUCGAGUGCUGUAAAACUUCAGAUUAUAGUCCAGGCUUUCAGAGAGGCGUUUACUUCCUUUUGCACAAAACUCUCGCUCAGCAAAGACGGGGAAAUAAACAUCAGUCAAUCAUUUGAUGCUUUCGUGCUCAUGGUUUACCUAAAAUGAACUGAACGACUGAACUGUAGGCGAUCUAAGCGGCUCAAGCAGGUGGGCUUUAAGAGGUUUUAUGCAUCCAAAGGAUUUCUAUAAAAUCCAGACCAGACGUCUAAUUGAGACCUCCGUCUAUCUGAUGAAACCAGGCUAGUAGAGUAACCUGUCUUAUUGGGACCCUGCUUUUAAUUGAAGUUUUACAGUAUUUAACUGUUUAUUUUACUUGAUUAACUGUCUUUAUAAAAUAUUCAUAACAAUAUCCUGGAAACUUCAAAAAUUUUCAAAUUUCAUUCACAAGGUGUCAAUUUUAUUAUCACAUAACACAAAGGAAAGCUGGAACCAGAGAGGGCUGGAGGUUUUUGCUUAAAAAUGACUUAAGUGAUGAGAAAUGCUGGUGAUUUUGUUUGUGAAACGUCUCAUCAUUGCAGCUCCACCCAUAAAUUUAAAGCCUAUAACAAAGCCCACUUCCUGUCUGAACACUGGUGAUUGUAAAGGCUUAUUGUGGAUUUGAAUUAUAAAUUAACAGCCAUUUUCCACAUAAUGUUCUACACUCAGGUAGUUUUAUUUAUCCUACAUUUGGUUUCGUGAGGCUUUGAGUAUGUGUGAAUGUCUUUCUCAGUGGAUUGAUAUUUCCAUUCAUGCAGUGUUCACGUCAUAUGGGAUAAAUGGAAGGGAUUAUCAUGAAAGAUUCAGUAUAUAAUCAGCAAUAUAGCACGAUGUGGAUUAAGUUUGGGUUUAACGUCAGACUUUAGCUGACAUGGGGCGUCCAUAUUUCCCAGUUGUAAUGACGACUUGGAUCUUGGUGUGAACCCUAUUUAAUCAAACUGGUAGCGGCGAUAACUCCGAUAUGACGUGAAUAUUUUGCUUCGACCACAAAGACGUACAGUAUGUGAGGUUUGUUCACCGCAGCGCCGUCCAAUAAUCCAGAACCUGUUAGAUACAUGAUGUGUUCUUACCUUCCUUCCUUAAUUCAGAUGUCUGCUAUACAUCUGUCACUCCACUGAGAGUUAUAUUUGUGUUUGUUUCCUUUGCAUUUGAACGACUAAUAUGUCAAACCAAUCCUCAACGGGUCACCAUAUACAAAGUACUGUCUGUUUUUUUUCCAUUUCAUUGUAUUAUUGUGAAACAAGUGAGAUCGGUAAUCCUGCUGUAGCUUGGCAAUCUCCAUCUUGCCUGAAGUGCCUGUCUUCAUCCUCUGUCUGCUUUUUGGAUUAGUUUCUGCAGUACAGCAACAAUGUAAAACAUCGGUUUCUGGUUUAAGACGAACAAGAAAAUUGCACCUCCAGUUACGUAUCAUGCAAGAAGAGUUUGUGAAAUACAUUUACACUUAUUCAUGUUUGCAUAGUAAAGCCGAGAAGCUGCACGCUGCGAUCAUAGCCCGACACGGCUGAGAUUCUUUAUCACAUUUGUGGUGUUUUUGUCAACCUGCUUCUGUUUUAACUGCAAAUAAAUAAGAGAUUAACAAUG